GCCAAUAACCCUCAGAAGAAGAAGAAGCAUUAUCAGGCGGGAACUGAGUUAAAGCAGAACCAGCAAGAGGGUCGUGUUUUGUUUAUAGUGUUUUGUUAGAAGUUUGUAACAUUUUAUAAAACGUUUUAUAAAGCUAUGUCUUGUAGAAGAGGAGCUUUAAUCGUGCUGGAGGGAGUGGACAAAGCCGGAAAAACCACCCAGUGUAAGAAGCUUGUUCAUGCUCUGCAGCAGAGUGGACGAGCCGCUGAGAUGAUGAGAUUCCCUGACAGAACAACACAGAUUGGGCAGCUGAUCAGUUCAUACCUGGAGAAAAAGAACAACCUGGAGGACCACACCAUACACCUGCUCUUUUCUGCAAACCGCUGGGAGUUGGUGCCGCUAAUGAAGAAGAAGCUGGAGCAGGGAAUCACCCUGGUGGUGGAUCGCUAUGCUUUUUCUGGAGUGGCUUUCACCAGUGCCAAACCUGACUUCUCUCUGGAGUGGUGUAAAUAUCCUGAUGUGGGUCUGCCAAAGCCAGACCUUGUGAUGUUCCUGCAGCUGAACCCCAGCGUAGCAGCUGAACGUGGGGAGUUUGGAACAGAGCGAUACGAGACCAGCACUUUUCAGCGUACAGUACAACAGAGGUUCGAACAACUUAUGAAGGACCCAUCAGUUAACUGGAAGGUGAUUGAUGCAACCAGGAGCAUAGAAGUAGUACACAAUGAUAUUAACGUGCUGUGUGAGAACACAAUUAAUACAUGUGAGACUCUGCCAAUUGGAGAACUCUGGAAAUGAACAAUAUGGAGAAUUCCCAGCCAGCUGUGGAUAUAACAGCGUUUUUAAUCACAGUUAUACUGUGCACAGAAGUUGCCUGGAAGUAACACUGCUUAAAUUGUCCUUUGAAGAACAAUAUUGUUUUAUGUACACACAAAGGUGUUCCUAAUAAAGUAGACAGUGAGUAUUUUUAUUCAUUUUUAUUUCUAUUACAGCUGAAUAAAUUUACAGUUGAGUAAAUAAAUAAUCUUAAAAUAAACUUGUGUACAGAUACUUUAAACACUGAUAAAUGUACUGUACUACACAAGCUAACCUACUUGGUCUGUAACCUUUACAUUUUGGUUUUCAUUUACAAUUUGCUACAGACAUCAAAGCAGUGUAGGUCAUGAGCAUACUCUGAGCAGCAGUGCUCCUGAUGACCACCGAAAGUGAGUUAUGGCAAAUCUGCAUUAGUGUAGGCGCAUAAAAAGGCACAGUCACUUUAUAACAAAAAGUGUUAAGACUCAAAAUGGAUACACGUUAAGUGUUAAUAUGAACAGACUGAGACUCCUCAGAGCUUGUGAUGAUGACCUCUGACCUCAGGACUCAUGACACAGAGAGCAGUCAGUGUAGCAAGAAGCUGAGUUUUACACAGGUGACUGUGCCACCAAAUGCCAGCCAGGCCUCAUGUCAGUGGUACUGCUCCUCUCCAGGAGUGUGGCACUGAGCUCUGUAUGCUGAACAAUCAUUCUCUCUCUCAUCCUUACAAAGACAGGAUCUCAAACUCCUCAUCUUCAGAGUCAAAGAAACGCUCAAGCCGGUCCGAAUCUGAGAAAUCUGCAAAGGAUAAUUCAGCCACACUCAAAAUCAGUACAUUUACAUUAUAAUUUAAGACUAGAUACUUCAGUUAUUAGUACAUUAAUAUAUUGGGGAAGGCAGCUAUGAGGCCACAGAUAUGGGCUUACCGGGAGUGAGAUUAAUGGCUUCAGUGUUGAUUAGAUGUGAUGGCUGACUGUCUACAAGUUCGAACAUGGGAAGACCUCCUCUAUAGCUCGAUAUCUGCAAGAGAAAAGUGAUAAUUAACCGAAAGGCUCACACAAACAACCAACACUAGGCCUGAACACAUAAUGCAAACUCACUUUUCGAAUAUGUGAACACCAAUCAUCAAAGUCGUCCUCCGUUUGACAGAAGAAGCCCUGAAACAAGAAAUCAAUCAGAUUUGAUCUCACAGAGCUAAAAGGCUCAAAUAUUGAAUAUUCUGAAGAAACACUCAGAGGUCAUCAAAGGGCAAUACAGUCACGUGCUAUGUCCAAAAUGAUAUACGACCAUGCCAAAAUCGUAGGUUUUGUUUUCUGCAUUUGACAUAUUUGUCAUACUAAUUAUUACUAAAACAUAGUUUCUGCUUAUAACAUACUUUGGCAACUUUAAGAAAGCAUUAACCAGGAUAAAACAUGCUUAGGUUUUCAUCCUGGUAAAAACAGUCAGUCUGCCUAAAAAUGUCUAAUAUCUUGCUAGCAAAUUGUGAUUUCAUCACAUAGGCUUUGAUCAAAAUUGUUGGAUAGCUCAGAAAAAUAGAUACAAGCUGAAUCAAUUCAGUUUGUAAUCAGAUAAUGGCUGUCUCAUUGCCAUGAUGCUCAUGCACUGGAGUCGCAAUGGAGUCUUUAAAUGUCAUUUUAUUUUCUCCCUUUUCACACAUUUGGUGGUAACCAGGAUUUAAACUGCUAUAACUUUUUUUUAACUAUAUAUAGAACAAAAUAGCAUAAUGGGAAGUGUUUGCCAGGGCUGCCACACAAUUAUGGCUGCAAAUGCUUUCUAAAGUGAACAGCAGGUAGCACUUUUGCCAUAGCUCUUUUUUUGUACAGGGCCAUCAGGUUUUGGACCAUCAUCAACAGACAGAAGCUAUAUCACUAGUUCUAUAUUUCUAUCAGGCAAGGAUAAAUAUAUUUUGAUAUGUAGGCAAUUAUUUCAGGAUUUGCAUUUCUACUCAGGUUUGUGUGCAAUUUCAAAAACAGGAACAGAACCCCACAUUAGGGGGAAGAUUAGAGCACUGGGAUUGAGUUACUCACAACAGCUAUGGAUGGGUCGAGCUCACAGAUGUGCAUGCGACAUGGUGGGUGCUGGCAGUGAUAGGAGUCAUCCUGAAUCUCUCCGUUUUCACAUGGCUCCACAGCCGGCUGAGUUGUAUGGGGGUCCAGGUAUAUGAGCUCCUCACCUGCAGGGGACAGUAUGAGUGAGGCAUAGCCAUAAAAUGAUGACAUAAUUAGCAAAUAAACCCUAAACAACGAGUAAUGCCACAAUUAUCAGUGAUUUAAUUUGUUCUAUGAAGUUGACAUGUGAGUUGUUUGGAGUGGUAAACAUUGUUCUAACUAAUAUUUGCAAAUUUUGAUGAACAAUUGACAGUUACAGUUUCAAGUCUGUUUUAAUCAUAAUUAAUUAAUCAAAUCUGUGUCACUUGUAACUAGUAAUACUUGUUUCUUUUUUUUUUUUUUUUAUUUCAUAAAUGUUGUCAAGAAAACAUCUCUGCAAUAAAUACUUCAAGUUCAAAAGCUGACUUGUUUGGCUACACUGGAAUUUCAGGAAUCCAAAUACCGUAUCUGAGCUGUCAUGUAUAGAUGUCUUUGUUACUUUACUGUGCCAACUAAUUAGCAACAUGACUGGCUUCCCUUCAACUGCAUUGUUCUUGCUGUAGAGGUGUAUUCCUGCUGAAAAUUGAAAUGCGUCCUCUGUGAUGAUGUAAAGGGAUGUCAACAAGUGUGUGAUAACAGUACUGGGAACACAGAAUAUCUGUCCCAGGUAUGAACACUUCAAUGCUUACCAACAUAGCCGAUAAAGUAAUGGGCACUGUUAGGCUUCCCACCAAUAACCCCUAAAGACUGAGGCAUCAUGAAGCAUUGCUGUGGAGACAGAGGAGAAGCAAAAAAAAAAAAAAAAAAAAAAAAAACAA